UCAAGACCCAGGCACGGUUAUCAGAUGGUUUUAAAAGGAAGAUUCACUUGGUGUCGGCGCUGAGAAAAAUCCCAGUGCAUGGAGACUGGACCCUCGCAGCUGGACUGAACCAUCUCAAGCGAGCCGCGGGUGUGGGGCAUCAGAAGUUGGACAAGGUCAUGUUAAUGACUCAGCAUAACAUGACCCAGACUCUUCUGCAGGGGCAUGUUGAUGCCACAUCUCCAUGUUUUCCUGAUGAUAGAUGCAGACAUGGUCAUGAACCUGACAAGACCAUAGAGAUCAUAAGCCAGGAAGAGGCUGACAGAGAUAAAACUGAGGAGUUUCUUGAAGAAAUUCUACCUAAACAGGCCAUUGGGAAAGCAGACAUCCCUGAGGGGCCCUCAAAUGAAGACUUUCCUCCACUUCCACCUCCUGCCUCACCACGGGUGGACAGGCCACCACAGCAAGCCCCUGUCAGUAAAAGUGGCUCCUAUAAAGCAACUGUCUUAAAAGGAAAACCAAACAUCCAAUUGCAUGGUGGCAAACCACAGAGGGCUCAAAAACUAAAUCAAAAAGAACAUCCAAGAGUCUCGGUUAAAACAACCCCAAAGAUAGAAGCACAAACAGCCCAGGGCUUCACUGACCAACCUAGUUCCCCCCAAAAAGAAAGUGCAUGCAGAGAGAAAGUUGUACUGGAAGAACAAAGUUCAGUGCCAAGGUGUUCCCAUCUAUCUGUGUUUGCAGACUUCCAAAUGGCAGAUGAGCAGAUAAUACCUAAAGAUCAUACAUUUGAAGGUGGAGACGUGGAGUUGGGCAGGAGUGCAGAUGGUGCCCACAUGGCACAGACCCGGGCUGGCAGCAGUACUGGGAGCGUGCAAAAUGCAGCUGGCCUUCUUGACAAUGCCAAAUACCAUAUAUACCACAAGGAUGCCACUGUUGCAAAGACAAAUGCCACAGGUCCAGGCUCUGACAUGUCAAUGCCAGAAGAUAUGGACAGGAUCCAGACUUGGAACAGCAGUGGAAGGUGUCCCCUACAAAACGCCCAGUUCUUUACAGGAACGGGUCAUGGCCCGUGGUCACUGCUGGCCAACUGUUUCCUGUGGUUCCCUGCACCUGAGGUGGACCCCUUGCAUAUGGUUGUCAACCCCCUAUUUUCCUCCAAUUUUCUGCCUCCCCCAGGAUUUGGCCUGAAUCCAUACUAUAUUGUUGGAGACUUCUCCCUGUGGCCUUAUCAACAUGGCAACUAUGUCAAUUUUCCAGACAAUGUAAAUCCGUCAGCACCGGGCAGACAGCACUUCACGUGCCCGGCGAAUGAAAGUUUUCCAGACCCCUUAAAACAGAGGAUCCAACUAUUUUAGUUCCUCCAGGGUUCACAUCGGCAGAUGCCUUCACAUUGUUCUGACCACCUGUUUUGUUCUACUCUUUGUCGUUUUGGCUGUUUUUGUUAAUCA